GAGAGAGAGAGAGAGGGAGGGGAGUGAUUUAAUUCAUCCCUAGGCAGUACUGAUUGACUAUAGCUAGCACACUGGCACUCACAAGCACGAACACCCACACAGAACGAUGGAGAGAGACAGCAGAAAUGAGAAGUUCUUCUCCAGAAAGAGAAGUUUCACUUUUGGGGCAUAUGGAGGUGUGGACAAGUUCAUAUGUGAAAAUGAGACUAGCAGACCAGAACCUUUAGAACACAGCAUUCUGGAUAUUUUGGACUCCCCUACCAGCGAGACCAAACCGUUCCUUUCUGCUGGCAGCAACCAGAAGGUGACAGAGCUGUUUGAGAUCAUUGAGAAGUUGCAGAGCAGCAGGCUAGAUGAACAGCGCUGUGAAUUCCCUCUGCCUUUGAGGCUUUUGAAGAUAGGUCGUGACCUUCCUCUGAUCCUGCCUCCAAAGCUGGGUGGUUACUGGAUAGACCCCCCACUACAGAAGUUUGCUGAGACCAGUCCGACAUCCUCUCAUUAUGGCCUAGACCCAGAGACCUAUGACAUCAUGGAGAGAGACAGCGAGGCCACAUACUACCAGGAGUUCUUCCGCUCACGAUAUCAUCACUCGUUCACAGCAGUGGACCCCUCCCUGGGACCCCUCCUUCUCUCUGUCUGUUUGGAGGAAGAAGAGAAGAGGCUGAGAGUAAUACUGAGGAUGAGGGAAUGCUCUAUGCAUGGGGUUUUCUCUGUGUCUCUGUUCCCAAACAUCCCGUCUGCUGUGGAGCUGGCCAAGAUGCUAUGCGACAGUGUGACUGUGUCCAGAUUUGAUGUGGUCAGUUACCUCAAGGCACCAGAUCUUAUAACAGCAUUUGAUGAACACAGAGUGUCUCCGAAUUUCAAGUUUGGUGUCUUGUAUCAGAGAGAGGGACAGUUGACAGAGGAGGACAUACUCUGUAACAAUGAGGAAAGUGAAGAGUUUCAAGAAUUCCUCUCUAUUUUGGGAGCUACAGUCGCACUUCAAGGGUUCACUGGGUUCCGAGGGGGUUUGGAUGUGUAUCACGGCCAGACAGGAAAUGAUGCGGUCUUCACUUCCUUCCACGGCAGAGAGAUCAUGUUCCAUGUGUCCACCAAAUUGCCCUUCACAGAGGGCGAUACACAACAGCUACAGAGGAAGAGACACAUAGGCAACGACAUCGUUGCUGUUGUUUACCAGGAGGGCCACACCCCUUUUCUGUCUGAUGUCAUCGGCUCACACUUCCUGCACUGUUUCCUAGUGGUCAGGAGGGUGAGGAAGAGAGUGGGGGACGGGGGGGAGGGGGAGGAGGCAGGAGGAGGGGUGUUCCAGGUGUCAGUCACAGCCCGAGAGGAUGUACCUCCCUUUGGUCCCUCCCUCCCUGAUCCUCCCAUAUUCACAGAGAGCUCCCUGUUGAGAGAGUUCCUUCUGACCAAGCUUAUCAAUGCAGAGAUCUCCUGUUAUAAGGCUGAGAGGUUCAGUAGACUGGAGCUGCGCACUCGUUCGUCCCUCCUGGAGGGUCUGCAGGCGGAACUGUCCACCCGCUCCCAGUGCAUGAUGGGAGAUUCGCCUGUGUCCACCCUCUCGACUUCUGAGGGGAUGAGGGGUGUAACUGAGGGGAGUGGAGGGUUUAUCGAAAACUUUAAGAGAGCCAUUAGGGUACGCAGUAAUUCUUUUGACACUCUUGGGGGGCCUAGAAAGAUGGGCGGGGUGCCACUCCCACAGAAGCCCAAGGCUGCUACAGAGAGAGAUGGAGAGAGUGAGUUGGCCUACAAGCCCCCUGAACCCAGCUUUCAGCCCACAGACAACCUGGGCUCCACAGAGGUCAAAGACCACUCCAGUCCCCAGGAGAAUAUGUAGACAGACAAAAUUAUGUGUAUAUUUGAGUAAUAACCAAGUGGAUACUUUGUAUGUACAGUGCAUUCGGAAAGUAUUCAAACCCCUUGACUUUUUCCACGUUUUGUUACGUUACAGUCUUAUUCUAAAAUUGAUUAUUCUAAAAUGGAUGAAAUAGUUUUUCCCCCUCAUCAAUCUACACACAGUACCCCAUAAUGACAAAGUAAAAACAGGUUUUUAGAUAUUUUUGCAAAUUCAGGACUUUGUUGAAGCUCCUUUGACAGCCAUUACAGCUGUUAUUUUCAGGUCUCUGCAGAGAUGUUCGAUCGGGUUCAAGUCCGGGCUCUGGCUGGGCAACUCAAGGACAUUCAGAGACUUGUCCUGAAGCCACUCCUGCUUUGUCUUGGCUGUGUGCUAAGGGUCAUUGUCCUGUUAGAAGGUGAACCUUCACCCCAGUCUGAGGUCCUGAGCACUCUGGAGCAGGUUUUCAUCAAGGAUCUCUCUGUACUUUACUCUGUUCAUCUUUCCCUCGAUCCUGACUAGUCUCCCAGUCCCUGUCGCUGGAAAACAUCCCCACAGCAUGAUGCUGGCACCACCAUGCUUCACCGUAGGGAGGGUGCCAGGUUUCCUCCAGAUGUGACGCUUGGCAUACAGGCCAAAUAGUUCAAUCUUGGUUUCAGCAGACCAGAGAAUCUUGUUUUUUCAUGGUCUAAGAGUCCUUUAGGUGCCUUUUGGCAAACUCCAAGCGGGCUGUCAUGUGCUUAUUACUGAGGAGUUCUGUUUGGCCACUCUACCACAAAGGCCUUCUAGGUGGAGUAUUGCAGAGACAGUUGUCCUUCUGGAAGGUUGUCCCAUCUCCACAGAGGAACUCUGGAGCUCUGUCACAGAGGGACCAUCGGGUUCAGGGUCACCUCCAUGACCAAGGCCCUUCUCCCCUGAUCGCUCAGUUUGGCCAGGCAGCCAGCUCUUGGAAGAGUCUUAUUGGUUCCAAACUUCUUCCAUUUGAGAAAGAUGGAGGUCACUGUGUUCUUGGGGGACCUUCAAUGCUGCAGAAAUGUUUUGGUACCCUUCCCCAGAUCUGUCCCUCGACACAAUCCUGUCUCGGAGCUCUACGGACAAUCACUUCGACCUCAUGGCUUGGUUGAAGAUGAUCAAUGGAAACAGGAUGCACUUGAGCUCAAUUUCACAUCUCAUAGCAAAGGGUCUGAAUACAAAUAUAAAUAAGGUAUUUCUAAAAACCCGUUUUCACUUUACAUCAUGGGAUAUUGUGCUUAGAUUGAUGAGGAAAACAAAUAUUUAAUCCAUUUUAGAAUAAGGCUGUAAUAUAACAAAAUGUGAAAAAAGUCAAGGGGUAUGAAUACUUUCCAAAUGCACUGUUAAAGCUGUAAAAUGUUGAAAUUGAUGCUUUCAUAGCAAGUAAUACAGAUAUAUUAUUUUAGAAUAUUCUCAAUGUUAAUAUGUGUACAUCAUUGUAGUAAAUGUAUGAUAAUGAAGUCAUGCAAUAUAUUAUUACUAUUUUACUAUUUUAGAGCAUUGUAACAAUUCAGGGCUACCAACAUUUGAAGAAAGUUUGGAGUGAGAUUUGCUAUGUAAAUGUCAUUGCCCCCUGGCCAAUCCAUAGACGAGGGACUGGGGGUUUACUGUUUUAAAGUGAAUAUCCUGAAAUUCUAUGUAUUUUGACAUGGCUUAGGCUUAUUACCAGGGUGGACAAUUAGGCUUAUUACCAAGGUGGACAAUUAGGCUUAUUACCAAGGUGGACAAUUAGGUUUAUUCAGGAUGCUUUGAACAUUAAAUGAACACUCCAAAUUGGA